AUGGAGAUCUUCACCGGAAUUAUUUCUAAAAUAAUUGAGUACGCAGUUGAACCAGUUGGGAGGCAAAUGGGUUAUCUAAUUAACUACAAAAGCAACCUUGAAAGUCUGAGGAGCCAAUUGAAGAACUUAGAUGCUGCCAAAGACCGGAUGAAGCAUAGGGUUGAUGAAGUUGAAAGAAAUGGUAAAGGAGUAGAAACUGAUGUCCAGAACUGGAGAAAAGAAGCAGAUGGGAUCACUCAAGAGGCAGAAAAGAUUUUGGGAAAUGAAGGCCAAGCAAAGACAAAGUGUUUCCGUGGAGUAUGUCCUAAUCUGGUUUCGUAUCAUCAGUUUAGCAGGAAAUCAGCAAAAUUGGCAAAAAAGAUUGAGCUACAUGCAAAAGAAGAGUUUCCCAGUGUUUCUUACGAAGCUCCAGUAGAAGAUAUAUGUGCCAUACCCUCUCAAGAAUACACGGCCUUUGAAUCAAGGACUUCAAUGCUGAAGCAAAUCAUGGAGGAACUGAAAAAUUCUGAUACCAACAUGAUUGGGGUGUACGGAUUGGGGGGUGUUGGAAAGACAACACUCGCCAAAGAAGUUUUCAGACAAGCUAAUAAAGAAAAGUUAUUUGAUGAUGUGGUUAUAAUACUUGAUGUAAAAGGAAAAAACGACAUGGAAAUUCAAAAAGAAAUUGCUGAAAAGUUAGGCAUGGAAGUGAAGGAACCUCAAAGUAUGGCAGUAAGGGCAAAUUGUUUAUGGCGCAGGAUAAAAGACAAGAACACUCUUGUAAUUUUAGAUGAUGUUUCGAGAAGAAUUGAUUUGGAGGCUGUGGGACUUGUCCAUGUCCGGACUUGUAAUUUAUUGUUGACAUCUAGAGAUAAGGAAGUUUUAUUUUCUGAGAUGGGUACGCAAAAGAAUUUUCCGCUUGACCUUUUAUGUGAACAAGAAAGUAUGAGUUUGUUUGAGAAGAGGGCAGGUGCUGUUAUUAAAGAUGACCGUAUACAGAGAGUAGCAAACGAAUUGGCAAAAAAAUGCGGAGGUUUGCCUAUUUUAGUUGUUGCAGUUGCAAGAGGUUUAAGAGAGAGUUCUUUAGAAGAAUGGAAAGAUACCUUGAGGCGCUUCAAAAAUUUUGAGCAAAAAGAAUUCACAUAUAAAGCAUUCUUCAUAAUAGAGUGGAGUUACAAUCAAUUGGAUAGCAAGGAGCUUAGGCCGUUGUUCUUGCUAUGUGGAAUAAUGGCACAAAGUAACAAUGGUUGCUUUCUCUCUGACUUGUUGAAAUAUACUAUAGGUUUGAGUUUGUUUAAAAAUGUUCGCACAGUGGAUGAGGCACGGAAUGCAUUGCUGUCGUUGGUUAAAAAACUAAAAGAUUCUUGUCUGUUGCUUGAUGGUUAUGACGAUGGAAUUGUUAGAAUGCAUGAUGUUGUGCGAGAUGUUGCUGUCCGAAUUGCAUCUAGAGAUCAACAUGUCUUCUCAAGAGAUUAUUAUACAGAGUUGGAUGAAAGUCCAAGUAAAGACUGCUCUCUAAUCUCUCUCCGACGCUGUACUAUCCCCAAGCUUCCCGAAGUACCUUGGGAAUGCCCAAAACUGAAUUUUUUUCUCUUGGGGAGUCGUGAGAGAGACUACUCGCUUGAAAUCCCUAGCAACUUUUUUGAAGAGAUGAAGGAACUCAAAGUGUUGGAUGUAACCGGACUGUGUAUUCCAUCACCACCUCCAUCUCUUCAAUUCCUAACAAAUCUUCAAACUUUGUGUUUAGAUCAGUGCGUGUUGGGGCACAUAGCUCUAGUUGGACAGCUAACAAACUUGAAAAUUCUUAGCCUUUUAAAAUCUAAGGUGAAAGAGUUGCCCAAAGAAAUAGGGCAAUUGACUCGUCUACAAUUGUUGGAUUUGACUGGUUGCUCUGCACUUGUACUGAUCUCACCUGGCGUUAUAUCAAGCUUGACAAGUCUAGAAGACUUGAGAAUGGGAAGCUUUAAGGAAUGGGAAGGAGAUUUAAAUGAUGGAAGAAAUAAUGCGAGCGUGUCAGAGCUGAAACAAUUGCGUCAACUAACUGCAUUAGAGAUACAUAUUCCAGAUGCUAAGCUUCUUCCAGCAAACAUGUUCUUGGAUAUAAGGUUAGAAAGAUACACCAUACUUAUUGGUGAUUGUUGGCUAUUUCCUGAUAUUGACGAAACGUCCUCUAACAUGUUAAAACUCAAGCUCACUACGAACAGUCAAUUCGAUGAAGGUAUAAAAUUGCUGCUAAAGAGAUGUGAAGAUUUGGACUUGGAUGGGAUGGAGGCUGCAAAUAUUAUUUCCUAUAUAUUAGAAAGUGACAGUGGUAAACAACUGAAGAAUCUCCAUGUCCAAAACAAUGAUGAAGUUACAGCUGUCAUUAACUCGAGGCAUGCCUUCCCCAUCUUGGAGUCACUAUCUCGUGACAACCUCAUACCUCAGCCUUUUCAAGAGUUACGAUCUUUGACUUUGCGGAAUCUGCCAAAGCUUAUUGGUUUCUCCUCCAAAGGCAGCACGUCAGUUGUAAGUACAGAGGCCGAAGAAAUCAUUUUGGAGAAUGAAAUUGGUGGACCCACGAAACUUUUCAUGAAUGGGAAGGUUCUGAUGCCCAACUUAACACACUUGAUCUUGCAUCAAUGUGAUGGUUUAAGAUUCUUGUUUUCAUUUUCCAUGGCUACAAGUCUUGUCCAACUCACACAUCUUGAGAUAGCUAGUUGUCAAAUCAUGGAAGAGAUAUAUGACACAUCAACUACUCAAUUGAAAACUUUUGAGUGCCCAAAUAUGGAUUAUGUGGUGAUGGAUUCGUGUGAGAGUUUGAAAAAUAUCUUUCCAGCCUCAGUGGCCAAAGGUCUUCAGCAGUUAAGGGAGUUGAUUGUGCGCAAAUGUGGAAUAUUGGAGGAAAUUGUUGCCAAAGGAGUAGAAACGACACCUGAGUUUGUGUUCUCUAAAGUAACACUUGUGCAAUUUCUAUAUCUGCCCCAAUUGAGGAGUUUCUAUCCGGGGCUGCAUGUUUCCAAGUGGCCAUCACUCAAAACAUUGGUAUUCUUUGAAUGUGGUAAAGUGGAGAUUUUUGCAUCCGAAUAUUCAAGAUUCCAAGAAAGACUUUAUUCGGGCCUUUUUUGUACAUCAAUCAAACAACCUUUCUUGUUAGUUGACAAGGGUAAUCCAUUCCCCAACUUGGAAGUAUUGCACUUGGACGAGAACACGAAGAUUUGGUAUGAAGCGCAUGGUCCACUCCCAGCAGAGUUGUUUAUCAAUCUAAAAGAGAUUGCAUUUUCUUGUGCACACCCCCAGUCAUUUCAUUUCCUUGAGAAAUUACAUAAUCUUGAAGCGCUCUAUGUUUAUAAUGGUCCUUGGAAAGAAAUAUCUGUGUAUGAAGGAACUAGUAGUGGGGAAGUAGAUGCAGUUGGGACGACCUUCCCACACAUAAAGAAUUUGAUUCUCAGCAGGAUGCAGGAGCUAAUGCAUCUAGGGAAUGACAACUCCGAAUCAAUUUUCCCAAACUUGGAAAUUCUGAAGGUGUACAGCUGUGCAAGAUUAAAGAAUCUAACUUUAUCCACAAUAUCAUUUCGGAAUCUAACCACUUUACACGUAGUAAAUUGUGAGGGACUGAAAUACUUAACAACUUAUUCGGUGGCUAAAUGUUUACACCAACUCAAAAGCUUGGAAGUUGAGAAUUGUGAAAGCAUGAUAGAGAUAGUGGCAAGCAACGAAGAUGAAGAUUCAGGAAAUUAUUACGAGAUUGCUUUCAGCUGCUUGCAACAUUUGAAACUUUAUUAUCUACCAAGUUUGCGAGACUUCUGCUCAUCAGGAAAUUGCAUUGUCAGAGUCCCAUCCUUAAACUCUUUAAUCAUCGAGGAAUGCCUGAUUGAGUUGAAGAUUUCCCCUGAUGGGUUAUUGAUCCAAAGUGGUUCAAGACCAGAAAGACAACAAAUAACAGAGGAAGUAGAAGAAAAAAAAGAAGAUGAUGGCAAUGAUACGGUAUAA